AUGGACCACGAACAGGCUUUGUCCCAGGCCAUUGAGCUAGCUAAAAACCCUAAAGUCCACAUUGCUGCUGGACUGUUCCUUACCUUCAAAUUGCUGCGAAAGCUGAGCGCUUGGUACACCAAGAGAGCGGUCAACAACCAUGUUUACGACCCUACAUGGGACUGGAACCGCGAAAUUGUGGUUGUCACUGGGGGUAGCAGUGGGAUUGGAGCUGUCUUGGUUUCGAGAUUUGCCGAAAAUGGUGUUAAGGUCUUGAUCUUAGAUCGAAACUCACCUCCAUCCAAGCUGGCUAUAAACACUCAUUUCUACCAGGUCGACCUCGCGGACGCUAAAGCCAUAUCAUCGGUUGCUGAUCGUGUAAGAGCCGACCAUGGGAACCCAACCGUUCUCAUCAACAAUGCUGGCUUUGCAAAUUCAUACUCUCUUCUGGACGUGCCGGAGACUGGUAUUAGGAGAAUCUUUGAUGUCAACAUUAUCGCUCCCAUCCUCCUCACCAAGCAGUUCCUCCCCAGCAUGGUCAAGCAGAACCACGGCCACAUCGUCAACAUUGCUAGCCAGGCUUCAUUUUCCACACAAGCCACGAAUGUGGACUAUGGUGCCACCAAGUCUGCUGUACUCUCUUUCCAUGAAGGCCUCGCUCAGGAGCUUAGACACCUCUAUAAGGCUCCCCGUGUUCGUACUAGUGUCGUACAUCCCACCUGGGUCGCGACGCCAAUGACAGCAGACCUUGUAAAGGGAGGAAAGCUGAAGGAUACGACAGUGACACCUGAAGAUGUCGCAAAUAGAAUUGUUAGCCAGGUUCUUUCUGGGUUUGGUUCGCAGAUUAUUGUGCCUCAGAGCUUGGGUUGGACUUCUUUGAUCCGAGGACUUCCGGGCUGGCUUCAAGAAUCAUUGCGGGAUACUGUGACGAUCCUAUUAAUCAAUGCCAACGACAAUGCGCGCAAAUAG